GCCGUAAGCAUUUAGGACCAACACAAACCAUUCACACCAUAUAGCAUUCGAAAUUCCAAAACCUUAUUUUCAAGACUUUUCUUGAAGCAUUCCUUUCUCAAGUUUCCAACACAAUCAAUACAACAAUGGGUUUUCGUUUACCUAUCAUAAGAAAGACAUUAUUUGCAGCAACACAAGCAUCUUCAAAAGCAUUGGAUGUGCCAAAGGGCUAUCUUGCAGUAUAUGUGGGAGAGAAAAUGAAGCGGUUUGUGAUCCCUGUAUCAUACUUGAACCAACCUUCAUUCCAAGACUUGUUGAGUCAGGCUGAGGAAGAGUUUGGAUAUGAUCAUCCCAUGGGUGGCCUCACAAUUCCUUGCAGUGAAGAUGUCUUCCAACACAUAACUUCUUGCUUGAAUUGACAAAAAAUCUUACACUUUAGGCGACUGACAUAGAUUAGUGGAGGCAUUUUGUACAAUAGGCGUCUGCUCAACUUGUAAAGAUCUCCUUUUCUUGAAAAUGAGAGAAUAGAAACAGAAUGACAAAAUCACUGUGUAUCAUAUUCUGUUUUUGUGUUGACGAAAAAUACAACUACUGAAGCAACUCCUCCGUGUUUUCUGUUUGUUAGUUACAAUGUUCACUUCUCCAGUUCUCCCUGUAUGAGCAAGGUUGUUUUACUAAUAAAUUAUAUAUAUGAAAUUAAAAUUUUGAGGUGCCAAGGCCUCAAAGACACGAGGUAAUUACCUCCCA